AUGGCAAUUAGGCAGCUUGCCUAUGCCGGGCCUGCUGACAUGUUCGACGAAUAUCUACAGAUGGCCGAAACGACUGCCCUUAAGACGCUGAGACAGUUUUGCAAGGGUAUCAAAGAAAUCUUCAAAGGGGAGUACCUACGGAAACCAACGGCCGAUGAAUGCCAGAGACUGUUAAAUAUGCACGGGACUGUGCAUCAUUUUCCGGGCAUGAUGGGCAACAUCGAUUGCAUGCACUGGGAGUGGAGGAACUGCCCGGUGGCUUGGAAGGGGCAAUUCACUUCUGGUUUCAAAGGGCAACAUCCCACGAUGAUCCUUAAAGCCAACAACGACAUCAACGUUCUACAAUCAUCGCAUCUCUUCAAUGAUGAGUCCCGGGGUGAGGGUCCGCAAAUUAGCUUCGUGGCCAAUGGCACGCAGUACAACAGGACAUACUAUUUGGCCGAUGGAAUAUACCCUCGCUGGCCCGUGUUUGUCAAGACGAUCCGACAACCAGUUAGGCCGAAGCAGACCUAUUUUGCAAAAAAACAAGAGGGUGUUAGGAAGGAUUUUGAGCGGGCUUUUGGAGUCCUCCAAUCGCGAUGGGCCAUUAUACGGUGUCCGGCUCGACUAUGGCAUGAAAAUGAUGUCACGGACAUCAUGACUGCGUGUAUCAUAUUGCACAAUAUGACAAUAGAGGAUGAAGGCUUUGCUGCAGAGCGCUGGGCACCGGAAGAUGGUGCUAGCACAAGUCACGGUAUUGCAACCCCUCCUCUGCAGAUGGGUGUACCACGCAGUAAUGAAUACUUGAUUCAGCGCUUCACCAAUAUGCGGAGUGAAAUAUCACAUUCAACACUGCAGGCUGAUUUGGUUGAAGAGGUCUGGAACCGUAGAGGAGGGAGCGCAGCGUGA